AUGACGCCUCGAAUGAUCCCGAGUUCGGGAGCCAAGAAUCCUUAUCUGGAUGCUUGGCUGCCCGUCUCACUGGAGAACCCAGCUCUGUUCAAUGCUCUACUAUUCUCAGCUGUCACGCAUAGGCUCACACAUUGCCUCGUGAACCAAAAGAGCACACCUACCUCCAUGGUCCUAGAGAACAAACAGUUAUUAAUGUUAUGUCAGCAAGAGGCAGCGACGAGAGCGAACAGAGCGCUCCAGCAUGCUGCGACUGCAGUAACAGAUGCGAGCAUCUUGGCUGUUCUAAUGUUAACUGAAGCGGUGGAUCAUGCCUUCCAGGGUCGAGAUUGGACCGGCUCCUCGCCAUUUAAUGCACCGCUACAAGGCCUACAAUGGCUCAAUAUUCACGGGGCCCGUGUACCGCACAUGUCUCAUCAAGCGGGUCUUUGCAAGCUCGUGGCGCUGAAGGGCGGCCUACAGAGGAUUAAGAUUCCGGGAGCAUCCUUGGCGAUUUUCUAUCGGACCUUGGUGAACUCCACUUUGACCUUGACCACGCCCCAGAUUCCAUUCUUUUCGAACCGCGGGCAUGACAAUUCUGACUGGCGAUUUCACUUUAGUUCGUCCGGGGGGUGGUGGGACCAUGGGGUACAGAAGUUUGAAAAUGCUGGCCUGCCAUUCUCUCUCGCUUGCGUGUUGCAGGGUUUCGUCAUGUACUCCAGCAUGGUCCACGCAUAUGUGAACGGCGAUAACGCACCACAUGAUACAAGCUUGUUGUGUGACAUCCGGAAUCUAGUCCACUUCCAUGUCAUGUCGCUGCCCACAGGAGCGGACUACGACGAUCAAGAAUUGUACUCCGGGUACGAAGCCUGCAGGCUUGCCCUGCUCAUUUACAGCGUUGGGGUUAUUUUCCCCAUACCCGCGGUCGGCUCGCCACUUCCCCGGCUCGCGGAGCUUUUACGCCAUGAGUUGAGCGACGAAUUUCCAUUCGAUCAAUAUACCAUCGAAGCGGACAAUGGGCUUACAGUCUGGCUCCUUACGAUCGGUGGCAUUGCCGCGCAGUACACUACCGAAAGAUCGUGGUUCGCACAGAAGCUUGCGACCGUCGUCAGUCUUACUCUAAUAUCGAGCUGGCGUUCUCUCCGGGCGCAGCUAAAGGCCUUCCCUUGGUUAGACUGUGCAUGCGACAAUGCCGGUGAAAGGCUCUGGGAAGAGGCCCAGCGGUUCAACUCCCCGCCCUCCUUUUCAGACGCUCGAGGUACCCAUCGCUACACAACGAGGCUCCAGCCCUGUCUCCAUUGCCGCCGACGAAGAGUGAAAUGUGACAAGCAGCAAUCAUGUCAGAACUGUGUCAAGCAUAAUCUUACCUGCAAAUACACGACUGCGACACUUGAGGCGCAGAAUGAAUUCUCAACUACGGGGAUGACACAUGCCUGCGGCGUGUGUCGCCAGCGAAAAGUCAGAUGUGAUGGACAGAGACCUUGUACAGGAUGCCAGAAACUGCAAGUAUCAUGUUCAAGGUAA